AUGCCCUCACGACAACUCCUCUCCACUCUCCUCACCUCCCUCAGCAAUACCCGCUGGUCACUCACACGCACUCUGCGAAGCGACAAUCCCCUCGAUCUCAAUGGCGAGCUACGCGGCACAGCCACCUUCACCGCCCAACCCUCCGCGGGGGACUGGCUCUACUGCGAAGAAGGGGACAUGCCCACCAAUGUCGGCAUCCCCAUGCAGCCCGGCCUGCGCUGGUCGAAGAAGUACAUCUGGCGUCUGGGCCAGGACAGCGACCGCAUCAGCGUGUGGUUCGUGAAGGUCGCGUCCGGCCCGGAAGAGGCCGACUACCUGUUCCACGACUUUGAUUUCGAUGUCGAUACACUGGUGCCAGAGGAGAAAUCGGCCGCGCAGAAGGAUCCCGGCGAGUUCGUGGCCUCGCCGGUGCCGCCCCUGGUACAGGCGUCGGACGCUGGGAAUGAGACCUCUGUGCUGAACGCGCGGGGCAACCACCUCUGUAUCAACGACAUGUACCGGACGGCGUACGCGUUCCGAAUUGAGCCGACGACGGGCCAGGUACUGAGCUGGGCGAGUCGACAUGUGGUCAAGGGGCCCAAGAAGGGCCAGGAGAUUAUCAACCGGUAUGAGAAGGGUGUCUGA